CCUCAGCCCCGCCCCGCGGGAGGGGCGCGGCGCCGGGCCCCGGGAAGAGCCCCGUCCCCGCCUCUCUCCGCGCUCGUUCCCCGCGUGAAUUGCUCUCCGAUCGCUCGCUAAGCAGCGCCUUGGGUGUCUUCCUGCACAGGUCGCCGUGUCCUUCCGCAGUUCCCCGUUUCAGCCAUGUCUGACAAAAGUGAACUGAAGGCGGAGUUGGAGCGCAAGAAGCAGCGAUUGGCUCAAAUCAGAGAGGAGAAGAAGAGAAAGGAGGAGGAGAGAAAGAAAAAAGAAACUGACCAGAAGAAAGAAGUUCUUCCUGUACAAGAAGAAUCUGAUCUUGAAAAGAAGAGAAGAGAAGCUGAAGCAUUACUUCAGAGCAUGGGGUUAACGCCUGAGUCUCCCGUUGCUGUGCAACCUCUGCGAGUAGUAACAGCGGAUACCUGUCUGUUUCACUAUUUAGUCCCUCCUCCUACCUCUCCAUCUUCCAAAUCUGUGAGUACGCCAAGUGAGGCUGGGAGCCAGGACUCCGGAGAUGGUGCUGUUGGAUCUAGGACGCUGCAUUGGGAUACUGAUCCAUCAGUUCUUCAGCUCCACUCUGAUUCCGAUCUGGGGCGUGGACCUGUUAAACUUGGAAUGGCCAAAAUUACACAAGUUGACUUUCCUCCUCGAGAAAUUGUUACAUAUACAAAGGAGACACAAACACCUGUUAUGACUCAGCCAAAGGAAGAUGAGGAAGAGGAAGAUGAUGUGGUUGCACCAAAACCAUUAGUUGAACCUGAGGAAGAAAAAACAUUAAAAAAAGAGGAGGAGGAAGAAGUUGCCCCUCAUGAACUUACAGAAGAGGAAAAACAACAAAUUUUGCAUUCUGAAGAAUUUUUAAGUUUCUUUGAUCACUCCACAAGGAUUGUUGAAAGAGCCCUUUCUGAGCAAAUCAACAUUUUCUUUGACUACAGUGGAAGAGACUUAGAGGACAAAGAAGGAGAAAUUCAAGCAGGAGCGAAACUGUCCUUAAACAGGCAGUUUUUUGAUGAACGUUGGUCAAAGCAUCGUGUUGUCAGUUGUUUGGACUGGUCAUCUCAGUACCCAGAACUGCUUGUAGCCUCUUACAACAACAAUGAGGAUGCGCCUCACGAGCCUGAUGGGGUCGCCCUUGUAUGGAAUAUGAAGUACAAGAAAACUACUCCAGAGUAUGUCUUUCACUGCCAGUCAGCAGUGAUGUCAGCUACAUUUGCAAAAUUCCAUCCCAAUCUGGUGGUUGGUGGCACAUACUCAGGCCAGAUAGUGCUGUGGGAUAAUCGCAGCAAUAAGAGAACCCCAGUGCAGAGAACACCACUGUCAGCUGCUGCUCACACGCACCCAGUGUACUGUGUGAAUGUUGUUGGGACCCAGAAUGCUCAUAAUUUGAUUAGUAUCUCAACUGAUGGGAAAAUAUGCUCUUGGAGUCUGGACAUGCUUUCCCAGCCACAGGAUAGCAUGGAGCUGGUUCACAAACAGUCCAAGGCUGUGGCUGUUACCUGCAUGUCUUUCCCUAUUGGAGAUGUCAACAACUUUGUUGUUGGCAGUGAAGAAGGCUCAGUGUACACUGCAUGCCGUCAUGGCAGCAAAGCUGGAAUCAGUGAGAUGUUUGAAGGACACCAGGGACCAAUCACAGGUAUCAACUGCCAUGCAGCAGUUGGACCUGUAGACUUCUCACAUCUUUUUGUCACCUCUUCUUUUGACUGGACAGUAAAGCUUUGGACAACUAAGAAUAACAAACCUCUCUACUCCUUUGAAGACAACUCAGAUUAUGUUUAUGAUGUGAUGUGGUCUCCAACUCACCCUGCCUUGUUUGCCUGUGUGGAUGGGAUGGGCAGACUUGACCUGUGGAAUCUCAACAAUGAUACUGAGGUACCAACUGCAAGCAUCACUGUGGAGGGCAACCCUGCUCUGAACCGUGUGAGAUGGACACAUUCUGGGAGAGAGAUUGCUGUAGGUGACUCAGAGGGACAGAUAGUUAUAUAUGACGUGGGAGAGCAAAUUGCAGUUCCUCGUGGUGAUGAGUGGACUCGCUUUGGUCGGACACUGGCAGAAAUAAACGCCAACAGAGCUGACGCAGAGGAGGAAGCUGCGACCCGAAUCCCGGCCUAGAGCUUAAAAACAGGCAGCACUGGGAAACUUGGGAAUGAUUUGAUGCAAAUCCUAAAAGUGCAAGCAUGUGUCGGUUCAAAUCGUAGCUUAAGGGAGGAAUAUAUGGAUUCAACUAUGGACUUUGAAAGCCUAUUAAGAUCACUGAAAAUCAGAUCUUGCAUUGUCACUUUUUAUAUAUAAAUUACAAGCACAUUCUUGGAUUUGUGUAACUUUUAAUACAGUUAACUUUGCAAGGAACUUAACUUUGCUGAAACACUAACCCGGUGUAAAUUUGCUACUUGGCUUCUGAAAAUUGUACUCUGAAACAGUAUCUUUCUGAAAAGUAAAAGUUCUGUUCCUAAAACUUUCUGUAUUACACAGACUAACCUUCAUUAGGUAGUAUUAUGUCUGAAGCAUUCUUUAAUUUGAACUCCUCAAAUUACCCAUGGAUAUGCAUGCAUAUGUUCCAAGUAAGUGUCAUUGUUCAUAUAUAGCUAAGCCUCAGACUCUGGUAGUGGGUAAUAUAUGUGAAUAAAAACUUGUCUGUAGUUACAAACCUA